AUUAAUAUAAUUUACGCAAAGGGGAAUUGGAAAAUACUAGUAUUAUUGAAAAUCUGACGUAGAUUACUAUUGUUCUGGUAAGACUGUCGAAGAUAACUACUAAGUUGUGUAAAUACAGUGCAUACCAUGUUUAUCAUUUUUAUUAUCUUCACUUUUAUUGCAAAGUUACAUGGAGCUGAUCAAGGGUGUUCUAUUGGAGGCCUACAGGGUACUUGUCAGCCAAUAAGUGCGUGCAGCGGUGUUUUUAGUUUGCUGAAAGACACUGAUAUUAAUUUUUGUCAGGAGGAAGAUCCCGAACUUUACAUUUGUUGCCCUGACUAUUUAUCAAGUCCAACUGUUGAAGUUGAACAAUAUGAGGAUCCAUCGUCUAUAAGUGUAAAAAAAUGUGAGGAAUACUAUCCACCACCAGCAGACUUUAUUAUAUCUGCAGUAGGAGGCACUAAGUCACUUCCAAAAGAAUUUCCACACAUGGCACUCAUAGGAUAUGGACAAGAAAAAGAUAAGCAGUGGCUAUGUGGUGGCUCGUUAAUUAGUCAUAAUUUUGUCUUAACUGCAGCCCACUGUCUUCAAUCCACUGAUUAUGGGGAGGCCAAAUGGGUCCAUCUAGGUGAUCUGGAUAUCUCCACUGAUGAAGACGACGCAGAACCUCAAGAUUUUAAAAUAAUUAGAGUAAUUGCGCAUCCGCGCUACUCAUUUUCUUCCAAAUAUCACGAUAUUGCUCUAGUUAAAUUAGAUCGAAAUGUCAUGUUGACAGAAUAUGUAGCAAUAGCUUGUUUACAAACGGUAAAGAAGAUAUAUGAUCCAUAUAACAAUAUGACUGCUGCUGGUUGGGGUAAAAUAGGAUUUGCUGAAGAGCAAAGUAGCUUUUUGCUAAAAGUUAGUUUAAAUGAAGUGAAUACAGAAACAUGCAACAGAUUAUACAGCGACGUAAAAAAAUCGAUUCUACCACAGGGUAUUGUUGGUAACACGAUGAUCUGUGCUGGAGGAGAAAUAGGAGUAGACACAUGUGAAGGAGAUUCAGGAGGACCUCUUCAAGUACGAAAUCACUACAAAUAUGAUAAUGGAAAAGGUUUUAGAAUAGUUGGAGUUACAUCGUUUGGUAAAGCCUGUGGUAUCACUAGAAGUCCGUCAAUAUAUACUAGAGUUUCAUAUUACACAAACUGGAUUGAAAGUAUUGUGUGGCCCGAGGAAUACAAAAAGGCACAUUCGUAAAUCACACCAAAGUGGCAUGAUUUUUGAAAAUGAAUUUGAUCUAAUUUCUUGUACAAAUAAAUUAUUGUUUUAUAAAA